GGGACUGCGGCGAGUCCUCAGGUGGAGACAGCGGCAGCAGCAGUGAUGUUUCACUUCUUCAGAAAGCCUCCCGAAUCUAAAAAGCCCCCAGUGCCAGAGACAGAAGAGGUAGAAGGAUUUGUCCUUUUGGGAGACACAGCAAAUGAGCAAAAAGAUAAAACUACAGAUGUAGAAGGUGAUCCACCUUUAGAGACCAACAAAGAAAACUCAUCCAGUGAGACUGUGGCAGGCCCUGACACGGAAAAUAAGGCAGGCCAGACGCUGGAGAGCAGCUCGCUAAUGACCGAGCUCCUGAGCGACGUGCCCUUCACCUUGGCGCCACACGUGCUGGCAGUGCAGGGCACCAUCAGCGACCUUCCGGAACACUUGCUCUCCUAUGACGUCAGCGAAAACUUGUCACGGUUUUGGUAUGAUUUCACUCUUGAAAAUUCAGUGCUCUGUGAUUCAUGAUGUUUAUGUCUGUUUCUACCUUAAUAGUUUUAACAACAAAAGUUUGCCUGUUGCAUUUAACCUGUUUGGUGAUUGUCAUUUCAUUGUUUCAAGACCCUCAGAAAAGCAAGGAUCAGAAAGCAAAGAAAAUAGCA